CUAUAGCAAAAAUCUCUCUAAAAAAACCAAGACGAAAGACCCUAAGAGAAGGAAACGGUGACAGGUUGAUGACAUGUGCACAUGACAGCCAUGCUUCUGAGAUGGCAUUUCCCACCAGGCAGGGCCAGCUCCACAACGGGCAGUGGAGGGAGCCCAUCCUGCAAAGCUGACUGCUGGGUGAGAGCCCCUCCCAGUGGGAAACACGCUGGCGGCAGAGAGGUGAGGAAGGCAUGGUGACAGAGCAUACCCCAUGGGUUCUCCCUCUUUCUCUCUAUGGUGCAUGGCUGCUGGCCGGAAGAGGAGACUCCUCUGAGGACUGUGCCCAACGGGCCGCCCUGCACCCUUAGUGCCCUGGCUGCUGGAGAGCCUCACCGCAGCACUAGGGGCCAGGAUGCCAGGCCUCUGACCCCUCACUCGUACUGAUGCACUGACUGGGCAGCCGUGGGUGGAUACAGCUGCCCUGGCCCCUCCCAGGCUCCUGAGGCCUGGAGGGUGUGCACAGGCUUUCAGGGCUCCCCCACAGAUGGGCUGCCCCCCUUCCUUGUUGGCAAGGUGCCAGGAGGUGGAACCGUGUCGUCUGGGUAAUUAGAUUCAGACCCUGGACUGCGGCUGGCCAGGUCUCAGGACUGCCUCCUGCAGCCUGUGCACCCUGACCCGAGGGAGGGGAGGCGCAGCCUGGGCAGAGGCCCCUGCAGUUGCAGCUGGGCUCUGGGCCUGCCAGGGGCUCCAGCUGCUGUCGUGGGUCCCUCCCACGCUCCCUCCCUGUGGGGGUCGUACCCUUCAGGGCUGCCUGACCCACCCUUGCCAGGGCCAGAGGGCACCAAGCUUUGGGAAAGGGAUGCCCCCGGGGUGUCAGUCCAGCCAGCUGCCCUGCCCCUCAGGCCUGGCCUGGCCCCCGAGCUCCCUACCCUGCUGCUCCGAGCGGCCCUGUGGCCAGGCAACCCCCACCAUGGCCGAGCACCUGGAGCUGCUGGCGGAGAUGCCCUUGGUGGGCAGGAUGAGUGCCCAGGAGCGGCUCAAGCAUGCCCAGAAGCGACGUGCCCAGCAGGUGAAGAUGUGGGCCCAGGCCGAGAAGGGCUGCAGGGAGCAGCCACAGAAGGAGGUGACCUGCCGGGGGCCCCGGAAGCGGGUGCUCUUCCCUCCCUCCGUCACCCUGCUGGAGGCUGCUGCCCGGAAUGACCUGGAGGAAGUCCGCCAGUUUCUCGGGAGUGGGGUCAGCCCCGACCUGGCCAAUGAAGACGGCCUAACAGCCCUGCACCAGUGCUGCAUAGACGACUUCCAGGACAUGGUGCAGCUGCUCCUGGAGGCCGGGGCCACUGUCAAUGCCUGCGACAGCGAGUGCUGGACACCUCUGCAUGCUGCGGCCACCUGUGGCCACCUGCAGCUGGUGGAGCUGCUCAUUGCUCGGGGUGCUGACCUCUUGGCCGUCAACUCAGACGGGAACAUGCCCUAUGACCUGUGCGAGGACGAGCAGACGCUGGACUGCCUUGAGACCGCCAUGGCCAACCGUGGCAUCACCCAGGCCGGCAUCGAGGAGGCCCGGGCGGUACCCGAGCUGCGCAUGUUGGCGGAUAUCCGCAGCCUGCUGCGGGCGGGUGCAGACCUGGACGCCCCGCUGGACCACAAGGCCACGCUGCUCCACAUCGCCGCCGCCCACGGCUUCGGUGAGGCAGCCGCAUUGCUGCUGGAGCACGGAGCCAGCCUGAGUGCCCGCGACCAGGACGGGUGGGCACCGCUGCACGCCGCGGCCUACUGGGGCCAGGCGCACCUGGUGGAGCUGCUCGUGGCUCACGGCGCCGACAUGGAAGGCAAGUCCCUGAUGGAAGAGACGCCCCUCGACGUGUGCGCGGACGAGGAGGUGCGGGCCAAGCUGCUGGAGCUGAAGCACAAGCAGGACGCGCUCCUGCGCGCCCAGGGCCGACCGCGCUCGCUGCCCGCCGACGAGGAUGGGCGGGCGGGCGCGGAGCUCAGGCCGCCCCCCGAGGUGGAGGACAGCCCCGACGCCGCGGGGCCCCACAAUGGCCGCGCCGGAGGGCCCCCGGGGCGGCACCUGUACUCCCGGCGGCUGGACCGCAGCGUUUCCUACCAGCUGAGUCCCCUGGACAGCGCCGGCCCCGAAGCCCUGGGCCACGGCCGGGCCCACCACAGCCUGGCCGAGCUGAAGCGACCGCCAGCAGCCGCACACACGGAGGAGCCCGCACUGGCGCCAGUGGAGCCCAAGGCCCACGGGGCCGGCCUGCCUGUUGAGUCCGCCAGCCUCCCGCCAGACUGUGGGCUAUCCGGUGGAGACCCGCCCCUGCUCAGGCUCAGCGCCCCGCUGGAGGAGGCCCCCGGGGAGAAGAGGCCUUGCUGCGGGCUCAUGUGAGGUCCUGCAGACAGCCACUGCGGUGCUGCUGGGGCAGGGCACUGACUGCUCUCAGGGGUGGACGGUGGCACGAGCCGCACCUGGAGCUCCCCACUGUAGACUUGUUAUCCCUGGACUCUUGAUAAAAGGCAGUUUUGCCACCA